AUGAUGUGGCGGCAGCUCCUGGUCCUCUUCUUCCUCCUCUCUUUUUUCUUGCUCCUCACUGUGGGCUCAUUUUUCCAGGGAGAAGUCAAAAGUUUGCCGCAGAGAUGCCCCGGGGCCCCGUCCAGAGACUGCCCAGCCCGGCGGGUGGAGACACUGGGGAGAUUUGCUUUCCGGGGCAAGUGCACAAGUGGAUGCUGCCGCCGGGCGGCAGAGAACUGCGAGUCGCACAGCUCCUUAAAGGGGUCUGAGGGCGGCACGUGUCACACGGAGACGUUCCUCGGCCUGUAUAACAAAUGUCCCUGCCAGCAGGGCCUGACUUGUAUAUUUCCGAAGAAUGAGAAAUCGUUUAAAAUCAUCUACGGCCAUUGUAAGAAAAUUGAAAAAAAGAAGCCAGCUAAGAAAACUUUCUUUUAA